AUGCUGACAGGCACGGGACUUCUGGGCCAUAAAUCCCCGCCAAACGCCACGGAAGGCAAGCACAUUUGGACGGCACGAGUUGUUGUCGCACGGACAACCAAGCUCAUCGAAUGGGGUGGCGAGAUCUCGCAGGGCUCGUGGGAGGGAAGGGAGAUUGAACUUCGGACUGUGAGCAGCAAGCCCAGACGGGCCGCGCAUACACUGCUUGCUUAUUGCGAUGUUCGCUCCUAA